AGUUUCUGGCGUCUUGAUCUUAUUGCCAUCUUCCUUGUCCCAGCGCGUGGUGACUGUGGUUUUGGUGAUGAGCUCCCAGAAGGGGAACGUGGCCCGUUCCAGGCCUCAGAGGCAUCAGAAUACGUUUAGCUUCAAAAAUGACAAGUUUGAUAAAACUGUUCAAACCAAGAAAAUUAAUGAAAAACUUCAUGAUGGAGUAUGUCAGCGCUGUAAAGAAGUUCUUGAAUGGCGUGUAAAAUACAGCAAAUACAAACCAUUGUCAAAGCCUAAAAAAUGUGUUAAAUGUUUACAAAAGACAGUGAAGGAUUCUUAUCACAUAAUGUGUAGACCAUGUGCCUGUGAACUUGAAGUUUGUGCAAAAUGUGGGAAAAAAGAAGACAUUGUUAUUCCGUUUAAUAAAGAACCAGAAAAGAUAGAAACCAUUGAAAAUAACCCACGUUCCAGCCAUAGAAGAAGCUGCAGAAGAAAUGAAGAAAGUAAUGAUUUAGAUUUUGAUAUUGAUUUAGAUGACUCAGAAGAAGAUGACAAUCAAAUAAUAUAUUAAAAAUGUGAAAACAUGAAAUUCUGAACAUUUUGACUUUGAGGAUUUUACCAAAAAAUACUAUGAAAUCCUAAUAAAGAAUUUGGAAUAACCUGUAGAAAUGGCCACAUUUGUACAUGGACAGUAUAAAUUGUAUAUGAUAUAUGAAUAAUUAUAAAACUUUAAUUCAGAGUUUUCUUACAAUAAAUUUUUAAGUAACAUAUGCCAAAAUGAGUAUUGGGGUAUCAAAUUCAGUUCAUGGGAAUUAUUUAGAAAAAUAUACUACCUAAUAUAUCAAAGUAAACAAGAUUUGGAAUUGAUGAUGAUAUAAGAACUGUCUCAUGGAAAAAUCAGAUGAAAUUAAUACUGCUGGCUUCAAAAAGUGGUCCUCAGUAUGUACCUUUUGAUAAAUUGAUAUCAAGUAAAUAACCCACGUAACAAAAGCCCCCUUAAUGUUUGGUUGCUUUAUAAUUAUGUUGUAAUAAUAAAUUUUAAAAGUAUAGUUUUUUCUUUGAAAGGUAUUUUUAUAUACUUCAUCACAUUAUUUACCUUUGUUUUGUGAAGUAUACAGAAAAUACAUGUAAUAUAUAUAUAGUUUAAUAAAUAAUUAUAAAGAAAACUCACAUCUAUUCCCAAAUGAUCACAUUAUUUACUUUUGUUUUGUGAAGUAUACAUACAGAAAAUACAUGUAAUAUAUAUAUAUAGUUUAAUAAAUAAUUAUAAAGAAAACUCACAUCUAUUCCCAAAUGAAGAAACUACUCCUAAACAGCCCCGGCUGGUGUGGCUCAGUGGAUUGAGUGCUGGCCCACAAACCAAAGGGUUGCUGGUUCGAUUCCCAGUCAGGGCACACGCGAGGGUUGCAGGCCAGGUCCCCAGUAGGAGGCAUGUGACAGGCAACCACACAUUGGUGUUUUUCUCCCCUUCUUUCUCCCUCCCUUCCCUUCUCUAUAAAAAUAAGUAAAUGAAAUCUUUAAAAUAAAAAUAAAAUAAAAAAAUAAAAAGGAAACUACUCCUAAACAAUAUAAAUUAGGUUCAAAUCAAAUUUUUGAACUUUUUUCUUUUUAUCUUAAAAAAUAUUAAACCUAGAGAAAAGUAACAAAAUAAUACAAUGAACCUUUGUAUACUCCCACCUAGAUUUGUAUUUGUUAACAAUUUGCCGUGUUUUUUUGCAUUUGAGUAGGUGGAAAUGGAUACACAUUUUAUUUGCUGAGCCAUUUGAAAAUAGUAAGUGGCAGGCAUUGGUUUUGAACAGACUUACACUCUGCAUGUUAUUUUGUAUCUCUUUUGUAUUGCAUUAUUAUGAAAUUGGUGAGAUUGAUCCAGGUUGUUGCAAGAGCUCUGAUUCAUUUGUUUGACAUUACUUUGUUUUAUUCUGUUGUGUUUGCAUACCACGAUUUAUUUAUACUGUCUGUGUUGAGGGACAUUUCAGUUAUCUCAGUUUUUUCUUAUUAAAAACA